AUGAUGCGGUUCAAUUCAGAUUUCGCGAUGCGGUUCGAUUUGGAUGCUUCGAUGCGGGAAAAAGAACAAGUGAGAACACAAGUGCGGUGUGUGAACUCAAGAACGCAAGAACUCAGCAUGAAACGACAAGAAAGGCAAAGCCCAGAGACGGAUACGGCAGAGGGUUUGAAGAAGACGACGAAGAAUGCGUCAGGAACACCAAAUGCAGAUGGAAGAAAUGACGGAGAUGCUGAUGAAGCUGGAAAAGAGCAUCGAACGACGGAGAAGGAGGUAGCAGAUGCUGCAAAGAAGAAGGAAGAAGAAGAACAACAGAAGACGGAGACGAUCGUAACGAUGGUGCAAGUGCCCGAAAACACCUUAAAGGUGAUGGAGAAGAUCGAAAAACUGAACGACGACGGUUGGAGACGAUUGAAGAGGUUUUUAGCCACAGAGGAAACAUCAGACGGAGCAGAGGGAACAAAACGAAGAAGAGCAUGCAACCAAGAGGACGCACCAGGAACGACGGAGACGGACAUGCCCAAAAGGAUGCAGAGGGCAUUAGAAAAACGAAAGAAAGAAGCGUUCGAGAUAAUUACAAGAAUUGACACGGAAUUGGUAAAACAUGCACUAAUGAAUGUUGGUGAACGAUUUGUGCUUAAGGAAGGGAAGGUACAAACGCUAGAAAUCGGAAAAACGCGCAUCCAUACGGGAAUGUUUGAGGACCUGAUGAACCUGUGGGAGAAACAGACAUCAGGCAACGGACGGGAGGAACAAGAAGACAGUGAUGAAGAGGAGAAGAUGGAUGCAGAAGGAUCAGGAAGAGAAGAAGGAAGAAAACGUACGGCGUCCACUGAUGAUGAAGAGGAGAAGAUGGAUGCAGAAGGAUCAGGUGAACCAAACGGAGCAGAAGAACGUCAAAUGAACAUGGAGGUGAUGGACACCCAUGAAGAGAAGAAGGAAGAAAACGUACGGCGUCCACUGAGAAGCACCCCCAUAGAAUCCAGAAUUGAUUUGCGACGGUUGCAGGAGGCCUUUAAGGUUUCAAAUUACGUACCAGAAGACCUGGCAACAUAUAUGCGACGAGUGGCAGAAAACAUGGGAAUGACGGAAGAAGUGUUGACA